UUCACGCGAGAUGUUCUUCUUGACAAAAUGGCGACCUACUGUCUAACUGUUACCCGGCUCCAGCUUGCUUUGGGGCAGGGCGUGCGACGGCUACAUGUGUGUGCUGCCCUCAAUGCCAAGGCCAAGGUGGCCAUGAGCCGCUUUGAGCCCAGCUCCUACAUCAACUAUGACAAGCUGCUCUCCAACGUCAACAUUGUGCGCAAGAGACUCAAUCGGCCCCUCACGCUCUCUGAGAAGAUUGUAUACGGGCACCUGGAUGACCCCGUCGGGCAGGAGAUCGUCAGGGGCAGCACUUACCUGCGCCUGCACCCGGACCGCGUGGCCAUGCAGGACGCCACCGCGCAGAUGGCCAUGCUGCAGUUCAUCAGCAGCGGCCUGCCCAAGGUGGCCGUGCCCUCCACCAUCCACUGCGACCACCUGAUCGAGGCCCAGAUCGGCGGCGCCCAGGACCUCCAGAGGGCCAAGGAAGUGAAUCAGGAGGUGUAUAACUUCCUGGCCAGUGCUGGGGCCAAGUAUGGAGUAGGCUUCUGGAAACCAGGCUCUGGAAUCAUCCACCAGAUCAUCCUGGAGAACUAUGCCUACCCUGGGGUCAUGCUGAUUGGCACAGACUCUCACACACCAAACGGGGGCGGCCUGGGCGCCAUCUGUAUCGGAGUGGGCGGCGCUGACGCUGUUGAUGUCAUGGCGGGGAUCCCCUGGGAGCUCAAGUGUCCCAAAGUGAUCGGUGUGAAGCUGACAGGCACCCUGUCCGGAUGGACAUCCCCGAAGGACGUGAUCCUGAAGGUGGCCGGGAUUCUGACUGUGAAGGGGGGCACUGGGGCCAUUGUUGAGUACCAUGGCCCAGGGGUGGACUCCAUCUCCUGCACUGGAAUGGCCACAAUCUGUAACAUGGGAGCUGAAAUUGGAGCCACCACUUCUGUGUUUCCCUACAACCACCGCAUGAGGACCUAUUUGGAGAAGACUGGCCGUGGGGAUAUUUCUGCCCUGGCCGAUAAGUUCCAGGACCUCCUGGUGCCUGACCCUGGCUGCGAGUACGACCAGAUCAUCGAGAUCAACCUGAGCGAGCUGAAGCCCCACAUUAACGGCCCCUUCACCCCUGACCUUGCUCACCCUGUAUCCGAGAUUGGGAACGUGGCUGAGAAGAGUGGCUGGCCCCUGGAGGUGAAAGUAGGUCUGAUUGGCAGCUGCACCAACUCCAGCUACGAGGACAUGGGCCGCGCCGCCUCCUUAGCCAAGCAGGCCCUGGACCAUGGGCUCAAGUGCAAGGCCCAGUUCACCGUCACUCCCGGUUCGGAGCAGAUCCGCGCCACCAUCGAGAGAGACGGCUACGCUAAGAUCCUCAGCGACGUGGGAGGAGUGGUUCUGGCCAAUGCCUGCGGACCGUGCAUUGGACAAUGGGACAGGCGUGAUGUUAAGAAGGGAGAGAAGAACACCAUUGUCACAUCCUUCAACAGAAACUUCACUGCCAGGAAUGACGCCAACCCUGCAACCCACGCCUUCGUCACUUCCCCUGAGAUUGUUACUGCCCUGGCCAUCGCCGGAACCCUGAAAUUCAACCCCGAGACGGACUUCCUCACUGCCCCCAACGGGGAGAAGUUCAAGCUGGAGCCCCCCACCGGCGACGAGCUUCCAGCCCGCGACUUUGACCCGGGGCAGGACACCUACCAGCACCCUCCCCCCGACGGCUCCUCCCUGCGCGUGGACGUCAACCCCCAGAGCAACCGGCUGCAGCUGCUGGAGCCCUUCGACAAGUGGGACGGCAAGGACCUGGAGGACUUGGUGGUCCUCAUCAAGGUGAAAGGCAAGUGCACCACAGACCACAUCAGCGCGGCAGGGCCCUGGCUGAAGUUCCGCGGUCACCUGGACAACAUCUCCAACAACCUCCUGAUCGGUGCCGUCAACAUUGAGAACGACGCCGUCAACAAGAUCUGCAACCAGCUGACCGGAGAAUUUGGAGGAGUCCCUGAUGUGGCUCGGCACUACAAGAAGCACGGUGUGAGGUGGGUCGUGGUCGGGGAUGAGAACUACGGCGAGGGCUCCAGCAGAGAGCACGCCGCCCUGGAGCCCAGACACCUGGGAGGCAGAGCCAUCAUCGUCAAGAGCUUCGCCAGGAUCCACGAGACAAACCUGAAGAAACAGGGCCUGCUGCCAUUGACCUUCGCUGACCCCCACGACUAUGACAAGAUCCGCCCCAAUGACAAGAUCUCCAUCUUGGGCCUCGAGAGUUUUGCCCCUGGCAAGCCCUUAAAAGCAGUGAUCAAGCACAGCGACGGCAGCCAGGACACUAUCGAGCUCAACCACACCUUCAACGAGACGCAGAUCGAGUGGUUCCAGGCCGGCAGCGCCCUCAACAGGAUGAAGGAGCUGCAGCACUGAAGGGGGCGGGGCCAGGAGAGGAGCUUUAGGGGAGGGGCAGAGGCACACACAAGGCAGUGGGGCGGGAUUAACCACUAUGAUGUAGGAGGGACUAAAAGCCACACCCUUCACAAGAAUAGAAUGCCAGUCCACAAUACCUAUUGACAGUUUCUGUGAGUUUAAAGGUUGAGACUUAUAAAUAUAAAUGGAUACAAUUCGCCUCCUCUAUGUGCACAUCAACACGUUUAGCAUCACAAUACAAAGUAAAUUUGCUGUCAGACACAGUUACGUACAUUUGGAGGCAGAGGAACUGUCGGCACAGAUGUAAAGGCUAAUGUCAUACUGAGCGCUAAAUGCAUUAACACUCCUCCACACUGCACCCUGUAGACAGUCACUCCGCUCAGUUAUCACUUUCUCCCUUGCUGUCAUUGACUACUGUAUACUGUAUUUUGCAUCAUGGAUAGAGACAGAAUAACUGCAACCCUCUGUUAUAUGAUAGUUGACUCCUGGGCAUGCCUCUCCUGAACACAGUGUGUGUGGGGAGGUGGCUGUCGCAGGUACUGAUUCCUUCAUUACAGAUGCACAGGCAGGUAAUACCAAGCUUAAGGACUUGUCUGUACAUCCUUAGCCUUUCCAAAGUCUGAACCUUUAGCCUGCACUCCCAUCUUUUUGAUAUCAGUACUGAAUCCUACAAAGGUUAUCUUUGCCAUGUGUAAUGAAAAUGGAACUAUUUAUUUGUAUUUCGCUCCAGAUUGUAUCAUAUUUUUUUGUUUUGUGUCCGUUUCGUUGAAGGAAUUAGUCAGACCUCGGGUCUGGUCACACUCCCCCAUUUGUUUGGUGCCUGUUAAAAUGGAUAGAGAACCCCUUUUUGUAGGGUUGUGUGGUUUAGCUAUUUCUCCAAACAAUAGAGUCCGUUAGUGAGGAUGAGAAUAAUAACUUCUCAUGGCAGGUUGUUAUUGCCACGUCCACCCAAUGUUUGAUGUACUCCCACCUUCACAGUAACCACUUCACACUUGCCCUCCUGAUUCAGUCUGCCAAUUUGGGAAAUUUCCUUUCAUUUGGCAAAUUUAAAACGAAAUUUAUCUUUGUGAAAAUGCUCAUUGACAGGUCAUUUUAUCAGCAGUGUAAUAUUGCAAAUGUUGCAGCUCUUUGGGUUCACCAAGAGAAUGGAGAAAAAGGGAGGGGAUAGAAAACGACCUUAAUUUUUGUUUUCCUCUGUUUGUCAGAUUAAGGUCACUGUAAAGCAUAAAUAUGUAAAUCAGUGCAACACUAUAAAUAUGUAUUGCUCUUAACUUGUAACUUUUACUUUGUCUGGGCAAAUGUUGGCUCCAUCUUCACUCUCUACUUAGCUGUAAGCUGCAGGCAUGCUUUCCAAGCAAGUAAUACUUUCACCACCUUCCCAUAACCGAUUCCCCCGAAUUAUUACUGUCUUAAUGUGUCUCACAAAUCAGAUGAGGAAAAACCCAUGAAACCCUCAAUUCAAAACACAAUUUUUUACCUCUGUAUUAUACAUUUAAGCUAUUUUACCAUUACCAGUUUGACAGCUAUUUAAGGGUAAUCCGAUACCUGGAUAUUUGGUAACAUCUCUACCUUCUGAUUUGCAGUGGGUUUUGGGGGAAAAAAGUGAUGUUUCAUUGAAUAGCAACCUCUGCCUAAGUGUGUGUCAUUUGGUGGCCUUCGGUUUUUACUGUAUAAGUGAAGGAAUGAGGGGAAAUAUCUGCUUAAAGAGCCUCUGAAUAUGUACGUCCCAUGUAUGUCUAUUUCAAUGGAGUGUGCAUUGUAUGUGUAUGGGCUACUCCUCUCAGCUGUAUACUCAAGUUGACCCUCCAGACCUCUCUGUCUGUCUUUGUAUUACCCUGUGUGAUAAUGCUUGGACUGUAGCCCACAGCUUCAGGAUAGACUUUUUUUUAAACUCCGCACAAUUUGUUCAAUAGAAACCACAACACUAAUGCAUGGUAGUAUAGGGGGUGUAGUUAUUCACAUUAACACAUAAGUUUCUUUUUCUUCAAAUCUUUAAUCUUUAUUUCCAUCAGUUUUCUCAGCUUUUUUCUUUUGCCAGACAUUCUUGGCAGUGUGUACUUGUGUCGCUCUCCUGUAACUUAUUGUACAGUAAUAUAUUUAUAGAGCAGCGAAAGGCUGAAGGUUUAUGCAGUGUUCAUGUGUGUAUAUGAACCUGCUGUUUGUGGAAGGCAUUUAGCUGGCCCAGCUGUGCUGUGUAAAUAUUGAGAGAGAGGGUGGCUGGCAGCUGCUUAUUUCUGUGUUGUGUUCACAGGCCUUCCUCCUCUGGCAUAGCCCGUAGAGGUAUUGAACACAGUCCACAAGAGGGGGGAAAAAAAGGACUUUCUCCGUUUCCUAGGAAACUCUGGCCCAGUCAGCAGUGCUCUGUAUUUUUAUCAUGUAUAUUUUGAACAUUUGCUGAUCGGACUUAGAACCUGGGAGAUGAGGAACGUCAGGUGAUUUAUAUAGGCGCGCUAGUAAAUCCACUUUCGUUCUGUGCUGCUACUUUGCUGUUGGAGGAGUACGGUAUGGCAGAGCCAAGUCAUUGGUCUGCUUCUAACCAAUCUGAUGAGCUGUUUGAGGGAAAGCAUGGGUGUGACAACUGCUGUUACGAGUUUUUGUUUUGUUUUUUCCCUCAAAGAUUUCAGGUCAGGAAAUAAAAUGCCAAAGUUUGAGUCAUUUCAGACUCGAGGUUGUUUUACUUGGUGUUUGUUGCGUCACAGAAAGGGGUUUGUGUCCAAAACCUGUUGGACACCAUAAUGCUAAUAAUUUGGUCAAACUGAUACUACUGUAUGCCAGGGUCACAUUUUGUUCAGCUGUCACCCAACCUUUGCUUGGUACUGUGUAUGUUUGACUAGCUUGAAAUGGUGUUAACUUGCUCUCUGAGGAUCAGUUGUCUGCUAAAAUACUCCAAUCAUUAAAGUACUUAAUGAAAAGGCAAAA